UCUCCCUAAAAGGUUACACUACUGUUAACUCGUGCCAAGUAAAAAUUUAAAUAUUCAAACGAAAUAUUUAUUAUUAUUGUUUAAUUUUUAGUAAAGUUUAUAUUGAUAGUUUUCGUAUGGGCGGUGUUUUGCUUUACCCGUCUUAGUACCCGUCCUGAAGAAAGAUAUGUCUAAUGAUUAUUCAGUCCGCGUGGAAAUCGAAUUUCCCGAAGAGAGGCACGCACGCAUUGCCUACAAGGUGCUGAGCGUUGACAAAGAGCCGAAUAGGAGCAGGGUUGAAAGGGAGCUGAAGGCCGAAGGGAAUAAACUAUCAGUGAACUUCAGAGGUUCAGAGUUGCGUAAAUUACGAGUUGCAUCGAAUUCUAUUUUUGAUUUGAGUUACCUCGUCGUAAACACGAUUCAUCAGUUUGAGUGAUGACGACGACACAUGAUUUUCCGCACAACAGCCCUGCACCAACGCCGAGCAGGGCAAAUUAUGGCUUCGCCCUCUAUCUGGCGUCUUCGACAGCUUUCAUAGUCUUUUGCUUCUGGGCGUUGGACUUUGACAAGUCGGUCGGGACGCGCCUCGGGCUAACGUACCUUCCGCAGGUCUACUGGGCCGUAGCCCUGCCCAUUUUCGUUUUGGUGACGAUCGCCUUCACUGGCCUGAUCCUCUAUCCUUCGAUCAACCUUCUGUCAAACCGGCCUUUCUGCGAAACGCAUGUGGCGCAGCCGACAGCCCAGGAGACUCUCGUGCCGCCACUCGUUAGCAUAUCAAUGGCGAAGGUCUCGCGCCGUCUAUAUCUUGAAAACAAUGAAGAUUAAACGAACGUUCACUCUACUAUUCUCA